GGGUUGAUGGUGGGCUGAACCCGGGGGGACUUCCUUCCAAAACAAGGAACAAGGAAGUUAUCUGACCAGCUAGCUGAUUGUAGCACAUGAUUUGACAUGACAGCAUCUCACCAAACAACUGAUUUACAGCUGUUUUCUAACGGGCUGUUAGUGAGUUGGUCCUUCAUCUGUGCUGUCUGCAGCAAUGUGACCAAGGGAAGAAAGAGGAUCUUUGUGACUGUUCAUGGAGCAGCUGGAAGAGAGGAGCUAAUGUUGUGAAAUAGAGUCUCUUUCAAGGCAGAAUGUCCUCAAGCCACCGUCUGAGGGAUGUGGAGCAGCAACGUCCCCUGCUGGACGGGACGGAGGAGGCGGUGGAGGACAGAUCCCGCGGCGAGGCCGAGCAGCUCUGGUUCAUUCAGGACUGCUGUGGAAUAGUGUGUGCCUUCAUCACCUGGUUCCUUGUAUUCUACGCUGACUUUGUGGUCACCUUCGUCAUGUUGCUGCCUUCCAGGAGCUUCUGGUACGCUGUGGUCAACGGGGUGGUCUUCAACAGCCUGGCUGUGCUGGCACUGACCUCCCACGUGCGCACCAUGCUGACUGAUCCGGGAGCCGUCCCUAAAGGAAACGCCACUAAAAAGCAUGUGCAGAGUCUGCAGCUGAAACCGGGCGAGGUCGUCUACAAAUGUCCAAAAUGCUGCAGCAUCAAACCUGAGAGGGCUCAUCACUGCAGUAUCUGUAAGCGCUGCAUCCGUAAGAUGGACCACCACUGUCCAUGGGUCAACAACUGUGUCGGGGAGAAAAACCAGCGCUUCUUUGUCCUCUUCACAAUGUAUAUCGCUAUAAUCUCUGGUCAUGCUCUGGCUCUCUGUGGUUACCAGUUUGUCACCUGCAUCAGAGUCCAGUGGAGAGAGUGCAGUGAUUUCUCUCCUCCAGUGACAAUGAUGCUGAUGAUCUUCCUCUGCAUGGAAAGUCUCCUCUUCCUCACGUUCACAGCUGUUAUGUUCAGCACUCAGCUUCACUCCAUCUGCAGCGAUGAGACGGAGAUCGAGCGCCUGAAAAACGAGAAGCCGACGUGGGAGCGUCGGACUCGCUGGGUGGGGCUGAGGGCCGUGUUUGGAGGUCAGCCCUCACUGCUGUGGAUCAGCCCCUUUGCUGGACUCAAGCUACCAACCUUGUUCCCCAAACGCAAUUGGAAGGGCGGGGCGGAGUUCUCAGUCUGACACUGUCCACAAAGCCCUGCUGUCGGAUGGAAACCAAACCACGCUGAGUUAUUGGAGCCAUCGUCUCUUCUACUGUUUGUUUUUAGCUGGAGUCAGUCAAAUCCUGAUCUUCCACAGGAGAGCGCUGCCUAUACUGGGAGGAAAACAACUCCGCUGAUGCUUGUGUAGUGGGUGGAGGUAUUUCGUCCAUAGUGAUUUGACGGUCAGACUUGAAGUCUGAAUGUGUUGUAAAUUGCUCAUUAAGAUGCUGGAUCUUCUUAGAGCAGUUACUAAUAAAUGAGAUUCUUAUUUGACAAA